AUGGAUAGAGAGACGGCAGAGAUCCUGGCAAAUGCCAUCCGGUUCCUGGCGUAUACCAUCCAGGAAUUGACAAGCGGGUUGGGGCUUUUGGCAGAUGCCAUCCUGGCCGCUGCGGUGCCUGGUAUGGAGGUAUGGCUCCUGAUGAUCUUCUCGGCCCUGCUGAUCAAGUUGAUAACCUACGUCGUCAACAAACUUCUGACCGAGGGGGGAAGGAGCCUAGGUAUAGAGGUGAAGGCCAUACUCAUAAGCAUUUGGGACUUCGGUGCCUUUGGUUUCGAGGAGUGUGGGCUGUUCCGGAAUUGGCUAGGCUGGGGCCACAACAUCUCCAGUUGUUGGGCAAGCCGUGUGGCGAGGACUCAGGACUUUUGGAAGGGGAGCAGGCUGAGAGCGUGCUACGUCAGGAUACGUGACUUGUUCGUCAACAUAGGCUACUUUUUGAGGGCCAGGAUUCUCUUGACAGCAAUCAGAUCCGUGGUUCGGUACAAGAAGCAAGGACAAUUGUGA